AUGGCUAAGAAUGCACAUUCUAUGUCAACAGUAACAGAUUCAACCACUCAUAGUUCUGGGAAAUCAUCUACCAAACAUGGACACAGAAGCAAAAAGUUGAAAAGUACUAAUUCUUCUCGUUACAUGGUUCAAGAAACCACUGUGCCAGGUCAUGCCAAUUCAGAGCAGUCUCGAGAUUUAAAAACAUCCACAUCUACUACUACUACCACCAGUAGCAAUGAUAAUAGCAAUAUAAACAAUAUUGUUACGCUUAACUCGUCACCAUUAAAACAAUUAUCUCCAUCUGAACAUCCAGGAGAAGUAUUGCCCACGGAACCUGAUGCAAGUCAAUCUGAAUCACAGAUUACAAAACACCCAAUAGAUAUUAUUCCAAUCCAAUCUUCUCAUGCAACUAAUGAAAGUAGUAUUCUUGAAGAUCAACUGUUACUAGAUCGGUCAUAUUGGAGUAAACAAGUGUUUGAAUUCAAUGUCGAUCCACUAUCUUGUCCAAUUGGUAGUAAUCCUGUUUAUAUCAAUUCACAAACCACCACCAUGGAAAUCCCUACAGAGCUAUCAUUUUCAAUUUGGAGUGAUGCUUUAAUCGAAUCGAUUCAACAAGAAAUGAUGUUGUAUCGAUUGUUAAUCACAAAGCGAUACAAAUUAUUCCAACAAUUUGAAUUUUUAAACACAAUAGUUAAUAAUCAUGCUCAUGAUUUAAUGAUACAAGAGAACCAAUUAAUAGAGAAACUCAAUCUAAUUAGAGCUAAAUUGGCAGAAAUAAUUGAACGUGGUAUUUAA